AUGGAGAAGGAACUCGAAAUCAAGCGGGAGAAGGCCCGUAAGGAGAGCAUCUUAGCUCAAGCCAUUCUGCCAGCUUCCAACCCUGCCCCCACUGUGUCUCACAGCCCCGCCAUCUCUGGUCAGCCUCUUACCAUUUCACCGCCUACCUCGUCCACUUUUGAAGAGGUAAGCCCACCAGUUAACCCCGAACUUGUUUUCGAGGUGCCACUUGGCAGCACUGAGCAGUGCCAAGCUCCGUCCAGCCUGGGCGUAGAGCCACCACAAACCUUGACCUUUGCGCCUGGCCCCAAGCUAGCGCCGGCACCUAACUUUAUCAAGGAUCCUCCUACAGGAGAUCCUCCAACAGGCAUGGAGCUUACCACAGCCCAUGGCCAAUCUCCAGUCCAUGAUUCUUCUUCACCCUCACCUCUGUCGCUCGAGGAUGAACCUCCGGCAGACCUUACCUUCACACCUCUUCUGGACGACCAGGAACUGCCCGACCAGGAGUCAGCCUGGAGUCUCACCCUUAUGACGGCUGUCGCAGCAGCCGGAGUGAGGGCCUCCCCUGCAGUAGGUUCCACCUCUACGACGGUUGCUGCAGAUACCGAAGUAGGGUGUUUUCCUGCAAUCCCUCAGGCUACCACUGCCUCUGCCCCUGACAGCAUUUCUGGCCUUACCCCAGAGUCAGUGCCGCCGUCUACUCCUAAGACUGGUCUAGCCAGGCCCUGGAGGAAUAAGAAGAAGAAGAAGGGACGUACCAAAUUAACUCACUAA